GCUGAAACUGUAAAAAUGGUGGCUUCUGUUACCUCCGAUCUCGCCGGGGCUCUUCACGCGCACGCACCCACGCGCUCGCUCCUAGCGUGACGUAUGCACUAGCGCCCGGUUAGCUAACUUCUAAGCUAGUUAGCUAUUUGUUGUAGUUAGUAGCGUACAUCGGAGUCGUUUAACGUUAGCUAACUACAUAGUAACUAACGUUUUCUGCCCAGGUGACUGUCGGUAUCGGCCAUGGACGACGAAAGUCACCCCAAAACCCUGUAUGUGGGGAACCUCUCAAAGGAUGUAACAGAAAUUCUGAUUCUGCAACUCUUCACCCAGAUAGGGCCUUGCAAAAGUUGUAAAAUGAUCACAGAGCACACAAGCAAUGACCCCUAUUGCUUUGUGGAGUUCUUUGAACACAGAGAUGCUGCUGCAGCCCUUGCAGCAAUGAACGGGAGGAAGAUAUUAGGAAAGGAGGUCAAAGUAAAUUGGGCCACCACUCCAAGUAGCCUGAAGAAAGACACAUCCAAUCACUUCCAUGUUUUUGUGGGUGAUUUGAGCCCUGAGAUCACCACUGAUGAUGUCAAGGCUGCAUUUGCACCUUUUGGGAAAAUUUCGGAUGCGCGUGUUGUGAAGGACAUGACGACAGGCAAAUCAAAGGGGUAUGGAUUUGUGUCCUUCUACAACAAACUGGAUGCAGAGAAUGCCAUUGUUAACAUGGGGGGACAGUGGCUUGGAGGACGCCAAAUCAGGACCAACUGGGCAACGCGUAAACCACCUGCUCCAAAGAGUGCCCAGGACAAUGGCUCAAAGCAGCUGAGGUUUGACGACGUAGUGACUCAGUCCAGUCCACAGAACUGUACCGUGUACUGUGGAGGGAUCCAGUUAGGACUAUCAGAACACCUAAUGCGACAGACCUUCUCACCGUUUGGUCAAAUAAUGGAAAUCAGAGUUUUCCCAGAGAAAGGCUACUCCUUCAUCAGGUUUUCAUCUCAUGAAAGUGCUGCCCAUGCCAUUGUUUCAGUAAAUGGCACAGCCAUUGAAGGACACAUAGUGAAGUGCUUUUGGGGCAAAGAAUCUCCUGACAUGGCAAAAAAUCCACAGCAGGUUGAGUACAGUCAGUGGGGGCAGUGGAACCAGCUCUAUGGGAAUCCACAGCAGCAGUAUGGGCAGUAUGUGACCAAUGGGUGGCAAGUUCCCUCCUACAGUAUGUACAGCCAGACGUGGAAUCAGCAAGGAUUUGGAGUAGAUCAGUCCCAGUCACCGGCCUGGAUGGGAGGCUUUGGAUCUCCAUCAGCCCAGGCUGCAGCCCCGCCUGGUCCAGUGAUGUCCAAUCUGGCUAACUUCAGCAUGGCUGGCUACCAAACACAGUGAACUUAAGUGCAAUACCAAGGGGAUUUUGUCAACUCUUUUAGACCACACUGCACUCAUCUUGACAGCUGCUGUGGUGGAAGAAGGGCAGGGGCCAUAUUCACAAAGCCUUUGUAGCAAAUAGAUGUUCCUAAACAACCAGUUUAAUAAUUAUGGUUUUAAGGGGAGUGUCCAUUUCAUUCAGAACCUUUUAAAAAUGUAUUUGAAGAUAAUUCCUAAUUCUGUUAUGGAAAAGUGCUCUUGGGCCUCUGAAGUAAAGCCAAACCAACUGUCUUUGUUUAAGUAGAUGUUAAAGGGCUUGCCAACCAUUUGAAUGUUCGACCCUUUGAAAAUCUUACCCAGAAUGUGACAAAGAGGAUUUGCAGUGUUGCAUGCUUACUGAACAGAUAUCUUAAAGCAACAUUAUGUAAGAAUUAUUUUUCUCCUCUUAGCUUCCUCCUUCAACAUCCUCCAUAGUCUCUUCAGUCUUUUCGCUUCUGCCAUUAAUUAUGUUGCCCGUCACCUGGCUCCAGCACGACACCAGUGCCGCUUUCUACCACAUAAAAAAGCUUGUGUAGUCCUAAACUAUACUCAGCAAAAAAAGCAAACAUCCUUUCACCUACAACUGCUUUUAUUUUCAGCAGACUUAACAUGUGUUAAUAUUUGUAUGAACAUAAAAAGAUUUAACAACUAAGACAUAAACUGGACAAAGGUUCACAGAUAUACGAGUAACAGAAAUGGAAAAAUGUGUCCCUGAACAAAGGGAGGGUCAAAAUCAAAAGUAACAAUCAGUAUCUGAUGUGGUCCUGUGCAGGUGUUGUCAAAUGUGGUCUUCCACUGCAAGAACAAUCAGCUGUCCUUCCUGUCUCACUUUAGUGCUUUCUUAGGCAUCUCACAGUACACACACAUUGCCCUGGCAACAUCAGCAGUCCUAAUGCCUCCUUGCAGCAUGCCUAAGGCACGUUCACGCAGAUGAGCAGGGACGCUGCGCAUCUUUUCGUGUUUUUCAGAGUCAUUUGAAAGGUCUCUUUAGUGUUCUAAGUUUUUAUAACUGUGACCUUAAUUGCCUCGUGUCUGUACGCUGUUAGUGUCUUAACGACCAUUCCACAGGUGCAUGUUCAUUGAUUGUUUAUGGUUCAUUGAACAAACAUGAAAGACAUUGCUUACACCCUUUACAAUAAAUAUCUGUUAAGUGAUUUUUACAGAAUUAUCUUUAAAAUACAGUGUCCUGAAAAAGGGAUAUUUCUUUUUUUGCUGAGUUUAAAUGUACAUAUAGACACAUAACAGCUACGUUAGUAAUUAUAUUGGUUAGUUAGCGUAGUGGCGCUAAAAGCACACUUACUACAAGCAAUCAAGAAGCUCACUGGGACAUAACAAGGAUUAUAAGCCUUGGAAAUCUCAAACUUUAUGACCUUUUGAAUUAUCAAACUGUAGAAAUAUCUGCUCUCAGUAGUAGAACAGACUUGUUAAAAUGUUUAUUUACUUGUCAUUUUUCUGUAAUUUUAUACAACAGAAGACAAAACUCCACUGAAGUCCCCAUGCAUUAAGGUCAUUCCUGUCAUAUAGGUCAGUAUUUAAAAUGACAUACAGUAAUGACAGCGUUGCACAGAUAAAGCAGGUAUGAUUGGUCACCAAGAAUGAGCCAACCUGCUAAAAGUUGGUCUGGACUAAGCUUCAGCUCAUAGCUAGAAAUUCAGUCCUACUUUGAUAUAUGAAUGAAAAAUGCUUUGUGAAUAUAGGCCCCGUAACAGUAGUUUACCUUUUCAGUAUAUGUGAAAAAACUAUUUGUAUAAACAAUUAUGGCUUUAAAUUAGAUUGAUGCGGGGCAUGGUGUCUCAUAGGGUAAAUCUUGUGUACAGAGAGAGUUUCACCUACACAGCUCUAAAAGCAAAAUAUAUUAGGUUUUUCCUGUUUUGUAUUGGAGUGAUCAGCAUGUUCUUUGCAGACUUUUGAUGGACUAGUUUACACAUUAAUGUAACUUAGAUUGGACUAAUAUAUGUAAUCCUGUGUCUCAGAGGAAGGUCUAUAAGACAUUCUCACUAAGAAAAUAUUGUAAAAAUGAUUUAACCCCCAAACUGACUGUGCUGAUUCUGGGGCUGGUUUCCUAGAAAAAUAUUGAAUCUUGAGAUUUUUCCUUCUCUCUCUUGACAACCUCAGUUUCUUUUUAAUGUCUGUGAGUGUUUUUGCGAAGAAUCUUGGACUUAAUUUAGCACCAAAACCAGCCCCUAAUCAUAUUGCAUCGUGUAUUUAGAUAUUUCAAAAUGUUGCACCCAUUUUUGUAAAGACAAAUUGUCUAAUGUUUGAGGCUAACUAUAAAUUGGGAUUAUUUUAUUUUAUGUUUAUUCAACGGAAAGUGUAAGGUUUCCUAAAUAUACCAUUGGUGUGUCAGGGCAGCGGGCAUAUUUUCUCAAUAUUAGCAGAAUAUUUCCAUAUAUUCCGGGUAGCUGUUUAAAAAUAACUGGCACGUUGUGACAAGAGGAUUUUGCAAUGAUGUCUGGAUUUUCUGGAAUUUGGAUUUUACUUGUAUAUGUGCCAUUCUGUACAGUGUAUUACACUCCUAUUACACACUUGUAAGAUCACUCUCCUUUUCCUUUUGUACUACACAACAAACUAAUAAUAUUGUGUUUGUUUAUUAGGGCUGGGUGGUGUUCUUCUAACAAAACAGGGUCAUGGCUGAGAGUGUAAAUAGAAACCUUGAUCACAGACCUUCAUGAAACUUAAGAAAUAAUGUACAUACUGUAGGUAGAAUAUUAUGAAAUGAAAUGCCAUCAUUAUAAUAUAAUUUAUGAAUAAGCCUUAAUUGAUGUUUUAGUAAAUUCAAAUUUUUUGUUAUUUACAGAGGCUCCAUUACAAAUCUAAAUUCUUUUCCACUGUGGAUUUUCCAUUAUUAAGUUUGUGUGCCAUUUUCAGAAAGUUGCAGGAAGCAGGUGAUGUUGAACUGCACGCUUAUGACAUGUAAUAUAUUUGUUGCUUAAAAUCCUGAAUGUAAUGGAAAGUUGCUUUAAUGACAGUAAUACAUCUAAGUUGAACAACAGAAGUGAUUUGUAAUAAUAAAGUAUAAAAUCAAUUUUCCAUAUAAGUGGAAAAACUCAAUAAGUCACUUCAAAUAAAGAAACCCUUGAACCUUGUCA